GGUACAGCUCUGUACGCUACUUCUAGGCGAGCAUCCGCAGAGACCUCUCUAUCUCUGUUUCGCGAGUAUUUCAUAGUUCACUGGCGAUACGAAACGCGAGCCUGCGGUAGACCUCUUGUUGGCUAUGUCGGCGAUUGCCAUCAGCAGCACACGCACCGCGUGCCGGCAAGGGCGCGCUAUGCUGCAGCAGCAGAUCGGCCGCAGCAGCACCAGAGCGCUGAGCAGCGCGGCGCCGGCGGUGGAUGAAAGCGACAGCCGGCUUGGCGCUCUUCGCAAGAAGCUCAGAAACGAGGAAGAGUCUGCGGCAAUGGGCGUGACGCUGCACGACUUCUCCUUUUCUGGGGACGUGUCCUACGGAACCGCUGUCCCGAGACGCAAUCGGGAUAAAACCGGCAAGGUUAUCCAUCGCAAGCCCAAUUGGCUCAAGGCCGUCCCCACCCAGGGCGAUAACUACGAGAGGCUCCGGUCCACCGUGAGGGAGCUAGGCCUCGCCACGGUCUGCGAGGAGGCCAAGUGCCCGAACAUAGGGGAGUGCUGGGGCGGGGCCGACGGCACCGCGACGGCAACGAUUAUGAUCAUGGGUGACACGUGCACGAGAGGGUGCAGCUUCUGCGCCGUCAAGACGAGCCGCGCGCCGCCCCCGUUGGACGCCGACGAGCCCGAGAAGGUGGCGAAGGCCGUUACGGACUGGGGGCUGGGCUACGUGGUCCUCACCAGCGUCGACCGCGACGACUUGCCCGAUCAGGGGGCGAACCACUUCGCCAGCACGGUGCGAGGCUUGAAGCGGCGUGCCCCCCAGCUCCUCGUGGAGUGCCUAGCACCGGAUUUUCGGGGCGACCUUGAGCUCGCGGAGCAGGUGGCGCUGUCGGGGCUCGACGUCUUCGCACACAACCUGGAGACGGUGGAGAGGCUGCAGAGCCGCGUGAGGGACCACCGCGCGGGGUACGAGCAGAGCCUGUCGGUGCUGGAGCACGCCAAGAAGGUCACCAGGGGAGAGGUGAUCACGAAGACGUCGCUGAUGCUCGGGGUUGGAGAGACGCCGGCGGACGUGGAGGCGACCCUGAGAGACUUAAGGGCGGUGGGGUGCGACGUGGUGACGUUCGGGCAGUACCUCCGCCCGAGCAAGCGGCACAUGCCGAUGCGGGAGUACGUCACCCCCGAGGCGUUCGCGGAGUGGCAAAGGGUGGCAGAGGGGAUGGGCUUCCUCUACGUGGCGUCGGGUCCCAUGGUGCGCUCCAGCUACAAGGCCGGCGAGUUCUUCCUCAAGACGGUCAUCGAGCAGCGGAGAGCUGGGGGAGAAAAUGCAGCUAGCGUUAACACUGCUAGCGGCGGCGAGGGCGCGGAAACAGCACAUCAUCAGAGCCAAGAGUCGGAGGUUGACGGUGUGGUUGUGACAGCCUCCUCCGCGUAAUAGUUGUCGUUUCUAUGCGAGGGUCUUCUCUUCCGACUUCCUUGGGGUCUUCGGAAGCGGUACUAGGGUUCUAGGUGACAAAACAGCAGUAUCUGUGGACAUGUUAUUGUGGCGUUGACCGUUGUUGUGCGUGUAAAGGAGGAACAAUCUCUACACCAUAGCGAAAAUGCCGACACAUGGGACUCGGCAGAAAAUUACAGCAACACUAGUGUGCUAGGCGUUCCUCUGUUCGGAGAAGUAAAUCACAUGGGAUCAGCAAGGGUGUUUAAUUGUCAGUGAAGCUUCGUGGUUGUGCAUGGUGCACGAAGCAGGCAGUUUUCCCAAGUCUGCCCCCCCCCCGCCAUCGAAAGAACCCGCGAUGGAUGUAUGUACAAGUUUGUCCGUCUGUGCAUGUGUGUGUUUUUUUUCGUGUGUUUGUGUGUGUUUCCCCGCAUUUCGGUGUUCGUUGGUGCUCACCGCUCUUUGCUUCCACGAGGGGAAAAAAGCACGUGAAUAAGACCAGUGCUGCCGCAAGCUUGCCUGUCAGCUGCUAGUGGUUUUCGAGACAUUGCUGUCUUGUCCGUCCCCGCUUGUGGUGGGCACCGAACAAGCGUGUUUGAUUUCUUCUCUCUUGGUUUGUCGCUGAGGGGCGGGACCCCCGACAGAAUACAAGGGAUUUCUUUUGUCGUGUUUACCGUAGGACAUUCCCUUCCGCAUGCCGUCGCAGAGAAGAAGACACAAGACUCUUGAGUGCGUGUGGGCUAUGGCUGUACCGGGGAAGAAGAGGGCCACGGCAGGCAGUGGUCUCGAGUCGGUCUUGGCUCAUACAGAUGGUGUUGUGUUCGCGGCGAAGUUUUAUGAGCUCGCGCUGUGCGGGAACGAAUUAAGGAGUUACGACAAGAUCGGAGACUUUGAUGCUGUUCCAAUCCGAUUACGAUUGGUUUCUGCUCCGGAAAAGAAAGCACAUCAAACAUGUUUUUUUGUCCUGAGUUUACAUCUCGGUCAAGCUGAGUAGGCGCGUCGUAGAUACCACACCCAGGCGUUGGACCGUAACCCACCCCCUCGAGAGGUGGCCAGCAUCAGAC